UCGAAAUUAGCAAAUUAGAAAAAUGAGCAGCAGCUUGAAGAAAAAGAUCAAGGGUGGUGACCAAAUACCCAAGCCGAUUAGCAUAAAAAAGGAAAAGACUGAGGAGGAUCGCUCGCUGCACCCCAUUUCCCACUACAUCGAUGACCGUCUGGAGCUGGUGAAACAGAUUUUUGGCACCCUUAAGCCGAAAACUAUCAUGAAUCUGGCCCCGGAGUUUCUUAAGAAAAACUCCCUGGACGAGAUUGAAGAACUCUGUCUGGAGGAGCUGCUCUGUUUGUCCACCAAGCGACUCAAGUCAAUAAUCGAUGGCACCCGCUGUCCCACUGACACGGAGAGCUCUGAGGACUCGGAUGUGGAGCGCAAAGAAGAACACAUUUCACUGGAGGAAAUUUCGUCCGACAGCGAUAUCGGAGGCCAGGAAGCCCGCCGAACCAAAAGGAAGAAACUUAAAGCGAAACAAAUAAACAAUGGAAACGAAAACAAGGCGUCUGGUGGACAAAUUAGCGUCCUGGAACUGCUGGAGCUUCAAGCGAGAGCACGAGCAAUUCGCUCGCAGCUGGCCAUGGAACCCAUCACCAAGAUCGAGGUCAAAUCUGAUGAUGAGGACAAAGAGGAGAGCCAGCCAUACAACAGUAAGGAAAAGGGAAAGGAGAAGCACUUCAGCCAGAGUGCCGUGCCAGAAAAGCGCAGCGGCAAUAGCACCGCGCCGGAGAAGCGCAGCAGCAGAAGCAACGUGCCUGAAAAGCGGAAGUUUAGUGAACAAUCAGCCAGAAAGGAUCCACCACAGACAGCUCCAGAGCGCAGCAGCAAGGAAAAAGCGCCCCGCCAGAAGAUCAAAAUCAAGCGAAACUAUCGCCAUCCAACAAAGUCGCCAGAGAAAACUGUUGUAGCUGUGUCCUCAGCUUCAGUCGCCGCAGAAGAUGCUGGUAAGAAGGAGCAGAACAGGUCACGUUCGGCCUCGCCUGAUGUGAUACCCAUUCCAACGGAGACCGAAACGUUGCUGAUCAGCGACAGCACCGAUGACGAGGCUCCCAAGCAGAAGCCCAAGGAGACACCGAAGCUAGCUGUAGAGGAACCACCGCCACCACCCGCUGUGGAAAGCGAGCCGGAGGAAGGUGAGGUGCGAGAUGACCCUGUGGAGCCGGUCAAACCCAUCGAGCUAGGGAAGCCAGAGGAGAUGGAGGAACCCACAGAGGCUCCACAGCUUCCUAUGCCGGAAAAACAGAUUGCGGCCGAUGUAGAAAUGCCCAAUGAAGGGAUUUCCAGUACAAGCACUCCUCCCGCUGCCGCAGAGCUGCCCAUGCUAGAUGAUGAAGAUCAAAACGAUGAUGUUAUAUCUAUAGGAGGCGAUCUUGAUAUGAUUGAGGAAAUGACCAAGGAGGACGAGCCACCCGCCGUGGCUGUAAAGACCGAAAAUCUGUCAAAUCCCGAGGAAAUGGACAACGAUGUCAUCUUGCUAGACACCAGCGAAGAUGAGCGGGAAAAGUUGAAGGAAGCCGACACAGAGUCCUGGCGCACACGCUAUCUGAAGAGCUCCAAGGUCAGUCAAGUACUUGCCGCAUCGCGACUGGGGAAACGCGUGCGCGACAAAAUCAAGAAGACGAAACGUGCUGCCUCUGGCAAAGACGCCGUCGAUGAUGCACAAGCCAAGGCGGCCCAACAGCAGCCACCGUUCGCCUCCAAGCACGAAGAUGGCUCCGUGGAGCAAUACCAGGAGCUACUGCAGCACCGACAGCGCCAAAUUUCUACCAGCAGCAAGGGCGAUAAAUGAGCGGGGUCGGGGAACCUGCUAUUGUACGAGUAUUAUUGAAAAUUCCCCGGAAAAAACUCUGUUCGGGUUAAUGUGGCAUACAACAAAAAGUGGAAUAAAGCCCCGAUUUACUCCCUCUGUCCGAUGUAACCCCCGCCUCGUUCGGUGGAAACGUACACAAAUUUGAAUAUAUCGUGCUAAACGCAUAUUU